GAGCCGCCGCCGCGGCCCGGCUCCAUCGCUGCAGGCCGGAGUGGUUGCGGGGGCGGGGGCCGGGGCCUCGCACGCCGCCGCGAUGGAGCCCUGAGGCCUCCAGCGGCUGAGUGUGCCUGAGGCCGCGCGGCCUGGCCAUGGCCCAGCGCCGCGGCCUGUGAGCACAGCCCGGCCCGGCCCGGCCCGGCCCCCGCGGUGGGCCCCAGCUCGGCGCGGAGGCCGCGCCGCCAACGGCCGCUGUCGGCGCCAUCGAGGAGCGGGCACGGCCCGGCUCCGACCAUGUCGUGCGUGCACUACAAGUUCUCGUCCAAGCUCAACUAUGACACGGUCACCUUCGACGGCCUCCACAUCUCCCUGUGCGACCUCAAGCGCCAGAUCAUGGGUCGCGAGAAGCUGAAGGCGGCCGACUGCGACCUGCAGAUCACCAACGCCCAGACCAAAGAAGAAUACACAGAAGAUGCCCUGAUUCCUAAAAACUCAUUGGUAAUUGUUAAAAGAAUCCCUGCCGGAGGAGUUAAAGCUAGCAGCAAAACAGAUGUCACGACUCCUAAAUCGCACAAAACCCUAGAAACUGCUUUCAGAAGUCGAACUGAGCCAGCGAGCAGAACAUCAGAAGCAGUAUGUAAAAACCCAAUCUCACCCUUUUUUCUACACACUGCGCUGAAUUCUAAACAGCGUAGCCUUGUAUUAAUUUUCCAAACAUUAACUUCAUCUAUCUUCCAGUAAAACAUAGUGUUUGUUGUAAAUACAAUGUAUUUGAUUCAGCAUAGUAAAAACUGAGUAAUGCCAUUAUUUGCACAGUUCUAAUGUGAAUACUGGUAUUUGUGCUAGUACUGGAUUGUAUUUCCUAUUGCAUAUGAUAGACUAUUCCUGUAUGACUCUGUGUUGUACAGAUUCUGUGCGCUCGGGUUCAGAUCCUGGCGGUUGGAGGUUUGCACAGUUGAACAUGGUGCCAUGUUCUACAUCUGUCUGUCUAUAGCUAGUAAUAUGUAUGUUUGUAUAGGUUGUUGUGUGCUUUUUGUUUCUUGCAAUAAAAGUUGUUUGGAGUGUACUUUUGCCAUUUUCACAUUGUAUCACUUAGCUUUUUGUUUCAAAUACUUCUUUUUUUUCUUUUUUUUUUGCCUAAUGGUUUUUGAAGAUGUGAUCAAAAACCACUGAGAAACCGCUGUUGUUAACCUUGGUGCUGUUCCUUCUGACCUGGGGGUUCAAACAAUCCCAGCCCCUACAUAUCCCGUACGUUCUGAGGACAGUUCUGUGCAGCUGAAUUGAUUCCUUUUCAUGUCCUUAAAUACUUGGGCAUUUGUCCUGAAACUGUGUAACUAAGGUGAUACUGUCUGGGCCCCUCUGAGUACCUGAAUGUCUUUAAUAGAUUGCCGUGAAUUUAAAUAUCGUUGCUACACAAAGUGGUAUUCUAAAGUUCUGCCUUUGCUCUUUUCCCUUUACCUGAUGAAGCUGUUUCAUAGUUUGCAAAUGAAAAUACCUAAAACAAAUUUUGGCACAAGGGCAGAGCCUGGUGCAUUGCUGGGUAAAAACCCCUGUUUUUCUGCACUGCCUGCAGUACAUUUUUGGGUCUGGGUGACUUCAGGGUUGGGUGCUGCUUUCGUCUCCCAAAGGUUAAGCCUUUCUUUAGUAUACCACCACUUUGAGUUUGCGUUUGGAAAAGGGGCAGCAUUUUUCAGGUUUGAAAACACUGUUGUCUGCUGCUAAACUAUAAGUAACACACAGAAAUACUGGGCUGCUAAUGGUCUAGAUCUUGAUUUGCCUCUCGGGUCAAAUAUGAUGUGUAAAUGCUCGUUUUGAAAUAGUCCUUACAGUAUAAAAGUUACGACUUGGUGCUUUUUAUUUUUCAUCUUUAUUUCAAGUAUAUCUGCUUUUCCUUCACUAGACUGGUGUGAGGCAUUACACUAACCCUGGAUCAUUGGAUCUGACCAUUUGAUAAGCUCUUAGGAUACUUUGAUGUAGAAAUUGAUGAAGUCAGGGUCUGUGUUCUGUGAAGGAUACAGCCUCUGAUUCUCACGGAAUGCCAUCCAACAACUGCAAAUUGAAAACUUGUGUGUGUAGGUCUAAAACCACCAAGUCCAAAUCUGCAUCCGUAAUUCUAUUGCUGAUUGAUUCAAAUUCCUUUUUGGACAUGAAUGCCUCUCCUUGCGAGUUGGAGAUAGUUUGCCCAGUGACCCUAGUAGUUAAUGUAAUGCAUUUAUGUAAACCACUUUUACAGGAUUUGAUCUAAUUCCAAUGGGUUUUUAUUUCUUGAAAACAGUUACUUUUCUUUUUGUUUACUAGCAUGUGUAUAAACACAAAUCACAUGUUCAUAAAUAAAGUUAACGUUCUUUUA